GUAGGGCUGGGGAGGCACCAGCUGCCGCGCGGGGAGGAGGCCGCGGCCGCAGUUGAGGGAGGCCCCGGCCCCUCUGCGCCUGUGUCUGGCAGAGCCGGUGUGAGACGAAGAGACGGUCCUUCCCUGCCGCCCGGAUAAUCAAGAGUUUUGGCCGGACCCUUGAGCACAACACCGAGACAGAGAAGCCAGACGAAAAGCACAGACAAUGGCGCUGAAACGGAUUAAUAAGGAACUUAGUGAUUUGGCCCGUGACCCUCCAGCACAAUGUUCUGCAGGUCCAGUUGGGGAUGAUAUGUUUCAUUGGCAAGCCACAAUUAUGGGACCUAAUGACAGCCCAUAUCAAGGCGGUGUAUUCUUUUUGACAAUUCAUUUUCCUACAGACUACCCCUUCAAACCACCUAAGGUUGCAUUUACAACAAGAAUUUAUCAUCCAAAUAUUAACAGUAAUGGCAGCAUUUGUCUCGAUAUUCUAAGAUCACAGUGGUCUCCUGCUUUAACUAUUUCUAAAGUUCUUUUAUCCAUUUGUUCACUGCUAUGUGAUCCAAACCCAGAUGACCCCCUAGUGCCAGAGAUUGCACGGAUCUAUAAGACAGACAGAGAUAAGUACAACAGAAUAUCUCGGGAAUGGACUCAGAAGUAUGCCAUGUGAUGCUACCUUAAAGUCAGAAUAACCUGCAUUAUAGCUGGAAUAAACUUUAAAUUACUGUU